AUGCAGCAACCACCUCAGUCAUCUCAAGAUGUAUAUUUAAUGAUACGACGAGCAAAACUAACUAUAUUUACUGAUGUAAUUGAAACGACGACGGUUCUCGAACUGAAGAAAAUCAUCGCUAGUAUAAUAAAAAUAGAUCCACAAGACGUUCAGUUAGCAUACAAUAAUCAAUCGAUGGAAGAUGUCAAACGACUUCAGGAAUGUGGAAUAUCGAGUAAAGAUGCUCGACCUCAAACUCCUGUACAGAUUGCAUUAUCAAUAAAAAAAAACGACUCAGAUGAAUUGGACAAAGAUGAUAUUGUUCCAUAUUCGAGUAAUUCAUCGGAUGAUAUCAUACAACCAUCAGUGGUUCAUCAACAAGAUUCAAGAGGAUAA